AUUUGUCACCAAAAAGAGCUACCUACAUGCUACAUGCGGGUUAGACAUUAAUUAUCUCCGAAAUUUUAUGCUAUGGCAUUACGCAUUUUAUCUAAUCUUAAAUUAUUCACAAAUGUUUUGAAUUUGAAUUUAAACAAGCAUUAUAAUACAUCAUCGGUUGGGCAAAAAAUAAAUUAUCUGUAUUUUAGUAAAUAUGUCUCAAAUCGCAGGCUUUACAGCAACAAAACAGCAGAUGAAGUAAAUACAGCAAAAGAAAAUCCAUCAGCGAAUCCUGCUAAAGUUGGUACAUUUACGGCAUUGUUUCAACAGAAACCGGUGGAGGAAAGUCAAUCAAAUCAAAAUGAAGAAGAGGAAAAUCGGAAAAACAGGGAACAAGCAUGGCGAACUAUGAAAUAUACAUUAGCUAUGUUUGGUGUAACUUUCACAGCACUUGGAGGUUGGUUAAUCGUUGAAUAUGGUGCACCUGAAGUGGAUGAACAUGGAGAAGUUAUAAGAGAUGAAUUUUCGGAUUUGGGAACGGUUCGUCAAUAUUUCAUGCGAAUGUUCAGACAACUAGACUAUUUCCAAAAGAUGAUUAAGGAGCCUUCACGUGAUAAAUUGUUACCAGAUCCUCCAGGAGCUCCCUAUUAUCAACCCCCAUAUACUUUAGUUCUGGAAUUAACUGAUGUUCUUGUACAUCCAGAUUGGACAUAUAAAACUGGAUGGAGGUUUAAAAAACGCCCUGGUAUUGACCAAUUUCUACAGCAAGUCGGUCCACCGUUAUUUGAAGUUGUGAUAUUUACAGCUGAAACAGGAAUGACUGUAUUCCCCAUAAUCGAAGCUUUAGAUCCUAAUAACAUAAUCAGUUAUAAACUUGUGAGAGAUGCAACACAUUUUGUUGAUGGCCAUCAUAUAAAAAAUUUAGAUAAACUUAACCGAAAUCUAAGCAAGGUUAUAGUUGUGGAUUGGAAUGCAAAUAGUGUAAAAUUCCAUCCUGAAAACGCACUAAGGAUACCAAAAUGGGAAGGAAAUGAUGAUGAUACAACGUUGAUAGAUUUGGCGGCAUUUUUGAAAACUUUAGCAGCAACUCGAAUUGAAGAUGUUCGAGAAGUGUUGCAAUACUAUAGUCAGUUUGAAAAUCCGUUGGCAGCAUUUAGGGAAAAUCAACGUCGUUUAAUGGAACAACAGGAAACACAACGACAGAUUGAAGCUCAACAGCCAAAACCAUUAACUAAAUCGUGGUCACAAACCUUCUUACGCCAUUAAAUAAAAUCGUUUUUAUGUUAUCUGUUUUGUUUUCAACUUUGUACAUUUUUUUUUUACACGUUACGGACUUGUAAAAGGUAGAGAAACACAUUCAAUAAAAUUUAAGCAGUAACAAAAUAUAUUCUUCGAUAUUAAAAAUACGUAAAUGGAUUUCACUACGUUCUUGAAGUGGUUACGAAUUUUUCUUUUGGAAUUAUGUUUAAAAAAAAUUUAAUUGCU